ACACACAUCAUCUUUACUUCUCCUAUUUUCAAGUAUUCUACUAGAAGGCCAAAUAAAAUCAUGAAUUCUUUUUCCGCAUUUUACAAAUCCAUCGAUGAAGAUGAUAAGUCAUCCAGACACUCCUAAGAAAAAGCUUUUUGCUUCAAUGCAAGAGACUUUUCGUAAGGAUGUUGAAAGAGCAUUUGGAAUUUUACAAGCUAGGUGGGCUAUUGUGCGAGGUCCUGUACGCUUGCACGACAUACGCACAUUAUGUGAUAUAAUGAUGGCAUGCAUUAUAAUGCACAACAUGAUAGUGGAAGAUGAAUAUGAAGAGAAGGAUGAAGAACCAACCCAACAAGACUACCGUGAAGACUAUGACUAUAUUGGUGGCAUCGUUGAAUUGAAUCUUAACCAUGAUGGCCCGACCUUGAGUGAGUAUAUGAUGUGUCACAAUCGAAUUCGAGACUUCUUGGUGCACACAUCGCUUAAAAGUGAUCUCAUAAACCACCUGUGGAGGCACCAUGGAAAUGAAAUGUAGUUUAUAUGCCUCCCUUAAAUAUUUACGUGUUUUCUUAAUCCAAUCGUGUUUCAUGUGUUUCAUUUACUAGUGUUAACUUCAUAUUUGUAGUAUUUAUGUUUUUCCUAAAAUCUUUAUGUAUUUUUAGAACUUUUAUGUGUCUGGAAUAAAAUUUGAGUUUGUGUAAA